CAUCAGACCGUGCUCUUCUGCCUGAGCAUCUUCCGCAGCUGCAAGAACUUCUCCUGCAACGCCUCUAUGCUGCUGCCCUCAUCACAACCACCACCACCGCCACCACCCUCCCACUCAUCACCCCCACGGCCAGGCGACAGCGUCUUGCUCCGCGGCGGCAUCGCCUUGGGGAACGUGCUGGAGCGGGGAGGUUGGGAUGCAGGCGCCUUCGGAGCCCUCCCACUCAUCACCCCCACGGCCAGGCGACAGCGUCUUGCUCCGCGGCGGCAUCGCCUUGGGGAACGUGCUGGAGCGGGGAGGUUGGGAUGCAGGCGCCUUCGGAGCCCUCACCACCUCUCUCCCCGGGUCGGUCCAGGUCCGCUUCCCUGGCAGGCUGUCGGCUGCUGCUGCUGAUGCUGCUGGUGUGGGUCUGUCUCUCGCGAGAGGGAGGGAGGGCAGUGGGGGCAGGAAGGGCGCCUUUCGCCUCUGGGGCGGCGGUGGGGUGACGGACUUGGCUGAUGCUGCUGAUAUGGGCGCCUCGCUGGUCGAGAAAGGUGGCGACACAGAGCGCGGCAUGGCUCUCCCCCUGCCGCCCAGCGGCUGCAGGGUGGUCCGAUGUCUCGGCGAUGAAGCAAAGGAUGGGGGACAGCUGGGCAGAAGAGGGGACGACACCAAAAACGCACCGCCUCCCUCACCCUCGCCGCCCCCCGCCAUCAGCCGCUCCGUCGCACACACGGGAGGCGACACACAGACGCCGCCCAUCCUCUCUCGGUCGGCCCUCUUGAGCUUGGUCAGCAGCCGCUGCUGCAGGGCCGACAGCUCGUGCUUGAGGUCGUCGUCAGCCAUCCGCUCCUCGGCAUACCUCUCGCCGCUUGGGCCGCUUGGGUGGGGGCUGCGCGGCACCACUGGGUGUGUGUGUGUGUGGGGCGACUGCUGCUGUGUGUCGCGGGGUGUGGGUGUGGGUAUGGGGUGUGGCGGGAUUGUUGGUGGUGGUGGGAGGUCGUGACGGGUCUCGAGCAGCUCCAGCUGGUACUUCAGCUUGCGGAUCUCGAGCGCACGGCUGGCCGACUCAGCUUGGCUACGCUGGUAGCUGUUCAGAUGGACGGACACACAGGUCAAGUCGGUCACAAGGGGGUGGCGUCAUUUGUUGUCUUCUAUCUCACUUUUCCUCAGCUUGGUUGCUGCUGUUGGUCAUGUCGUGGAGUUCCUGCUCCAGCUGGGCGAUGCGCCGGUCGCGGCUGUCAACCGCAGAGGCUGACGUCCGCUGCUCGUGCUCCAACAUGCCCUGACACAUCCAUCCAUCCGUGUGAUAUCUCGCGGCGUUGUGUGUGGUCUGUGUGUGUGUGUGGGUACCUCUAGCUGCUGCUGCUUGAAGGUCCAGGCCUGCUUCUCUCGCUGCAGCUCGUUGAUCUCGCCGGUCUUAUCUUCUAGCAGCCGACGGAGAGAGGCCGUCACGUCGAGGGCCUGAGGUGACACACACUCUCACACACACACACAGAGGGUGCUGAUGGGUGUGUGGCUGUCACUUGUGUGUGUGUGUGUGUGGCUCUGACCUGCUGCAGUUUCUGCUGCGUGUCUUGCUGUGAGGUGCUGAGCUCCCCCUGCAGCUGAUGCAGACCCUCCUGGGCCGCACCUGCACCACACACACACACACACACACGUGUCUGUGAGAUGGGAUUGCGGCCCGUGUUGCCGGCUCACUGAGUGAGUGGUCCUUGGCCUGCAGCUGCUGCUGCACGCUCCCCAGCUGACGCUCCAACGCACGACGCUCAGACACUGCUGCCUCCUACACACACACACACACACACACACACGUGCAGCUGGUCAACAGGCGCAUGUGUGUGUUCCCAACUCAAUGACCUGACUGACCUGGUUCUCAGCCAUCCUCUGUCGGGUCUCUUCCAGCCGCCUCUCGGCAUCGAUAUGCGCCGCCCUGAGCCGCUCGGACUCUUCGCGGGCGGCCCUGACGGCCGCCUGGGCGUGCUCCAGCGCCGACAUCUUGGACUCCAUGUCACGCAACUCGUCCUGAGAGAGAGAACCAGUGAUGUGCGUGUGGUGUGGUGAUGUUUGUGGGUGUCUGGUUUCGUAGGUACCUUGCCGGCGAUGAGUCUGCCGUGGACGAGGUCCAGCUGCUCACUCAGCUCCUGACAGAGGGAGAGAGAGAGGGAGGGAGGGAGGGAGAGUUGUAUGGCGGAUGGUCGCAUGGCUUGGUUUGCUGACUUUGUUUCGUUCCGAUACGAUGCUGCUACGCUGGCGCUCGUCGUCUAAGCUCGACUGUACCUCACACACCUGCACACACCACAACACACAAAUAGGCAGAGUUCUCUGUUUCCUUGCGCGUGAUGGUGGCCCCAUGCCCACCUGCAGCCUCAUCUGCUUGAUCCUAUCGUGCGCAGCGUAGGCAAAGUACUUGCCCCAGCGGAAGAAGGCACCACGCAAUACACAACGGUCCCACUUGCUGCCCUCACACACACACACCAGAUCAGUCUCCCUCUCUCUCCCUCUCUCUCCCUCAUAGCCCCCCUCUCUCACUCACCGUCUGUACUCCUCCAGUCGUCUCUUGCGUUCCUUAGCCGCGUCCACGCUCCCGCGCCACACCCUCAACGCAUCACCACUCCCACGCCUCCCCGCCAGCUUCCGAAACCGCCCCACACGCCCCUCCCUCUCCCUCAUGGCCUUCAUCGCACCCGCGAAGUCGCGCCACUUGUGGACAGCUCGGGCGAGGUCGUUGUUGCGAAAUGAGCGGGCCAGUUGCUUCUGGGUGCGUGUGUGGGCGAUGUAGUCCUUCCAGGCCUCGAAGUGUGUGGCCAUGGCGGAGUUGGCGAGUGAGUGCUUUGAGCGGGACUGGAGGACCGACAGCCGCAGGGCCUGCUGCCGGGACUCCUGGGGGCAACACAACGGAGGGAGGGAGGUGGGGCUACGUCCGUGUGUGCGAGUGGGGGGGGUGUGCAGGUGUUUGGUACCCGCCAUCUUGUGAGAAGGCGCCGCUGCGCUCUUUGGACGUAGAGCGACUCUACUCGCCGGUCGCGAGCCUGCACACACAUCACAUCGGCUAUGGAUCGACGGCAUCAUGUCUGGGUGUCCAUCUGUGUGUGUGUGAGAGGAGGUGACCUUGUCCUGGUAUGACAAGAGUCUGAACUGUUUGAUGGCCUCGAAGUGCUUCCUCAGGAACAGGGCGCUCGCACGCUGGCCCCCGUGACGCAGCCAGCGCCUUGACGAUACACAAACAGACAACAAACAGUUUUCGCGCAUUCAUUGCAUCUCUGUGCCGGUGUCUCUACCUGGUUGCCGCCCAGGUCAUGAGUUCCCUGAUGGCCCGCCUGAGUGCUUUCUUCUGCCAGAACCGGAGACUCCUCUCCCUGUAGUACUUGUCAAUGGACGCACGAUGCUGCACACAACACACCAACACACCGGCCGGCACACGCAUCAAAGCAUGCAAUGGCGUUGGGGCCACACUCAGGAGCUCAGCUCACUUUGAGGUAGCUGCGCCAUUUCCUCAAGGCCACGGCGAGAGUGUGCGUGUAGGCGUGUUUGCUCGACUGCGAGUUGAGCAGCCGCUUCGCACGCCGAAGCUGGUACACGUAGGCGCGCCUGGGGUCAACACAGUGCGGGCCGAGUGACGCUGCUGGCUGGGCUGUCGUCUCCCGCUCGUGUGUGUGUGUGUGUGUACCAUGCGGCGAAGCUCUUGGCCGUGAGGACGGCAGAGUGGUGCAGCAGGCCCAUGUUCGUCCCUGACCACAGACAACACAACACACAUCCACACACACACGUCCAUAAUGGAUGUGUGUGUGUGUGUGUGCGAGUGUAGUGGUGGUGCUCGUGCGUACGUUGGAUCCUGUAGGCCUCGUCAGUGACGGACCGCCAGGCGUCGAAGAUGACGCCAGAACGCUUCGAAAAGUCGUGGAAAACCGCCAGACUCUGGCAAAGGAGAGACCGCAUUCCCUUCGCGUGAUUGUGUGCUGGCCUCUGUCCCUCUGUCCCUGCCUUUGCUCACGCGUGUGCUCUUCCGCUGCAACGACUGGGUGAGAGAGCUCCGCCAACGCGUGAAGCCUCUCCGCAGCCUGACAAGACAACAGAGGAAGGGACCAACGGCGUCACACACAGAGGCUUUCUCUCUCCUUGUCAUCUGUGUGCGUGUGUGUGCGUGUGUGUGUACUUGUUGUGUUUCAUUGCGCGGUAGUGGAGGCGUAUGUGCUGCCAGCGGUCGACCUGCCCACGCCACCACCUCAACACACGCCGGCACAGCUGCACUCAUACACACACACGCACGCCCGCACGCACACAGAGAGAAAGAGAGAGAGAGAUAAAGUGCGAGAGCACAGCCACAUGUGUGUGGGUUCACCGGUGACUCACCUGGUGCUGCCUGAAGUCUGCCGCCUGCAGUUCGUGGAUGGCACCUCGCUUCAGAUGACUGACCAACACACACAUACACACAUACACACACAUGCGGGAGCUGAACGGUCACGGGGUGUGUGUGUGUGUUGUCCGCCGCUCACGACUGAAGUGAGAGCAGCUGCGACCGCAGCUUCGCGGCGUCCUCUACACCCUGAUCCAUGUGCACACACACAGAGAGAGAGAGAGGGAGAGGGACAGGGAGAGGAAUGCUCACGCGCCCCUUUACCCCUAGCCCUUCCCUCCUGCUGUGAGCUGACCUCUAUAGCGAUCCCGUGCAUGGUGGUCUGGUGCGCAUCCAACCGCAACUCCAACACGCGACGAACCUACACACACACACACACACACACACACAGAGAGAGAGAGAGAGAGAACGAGAAGGAAGGAACCCACAUUUCCGGCCACUCCCUCCCUCCCAUAUUGUGUCCAUCUGGAUUCGCAAGCCCUAUUACCUCCUGUUCCCUCUCCAGCUCCUGUGCAGUCUGCAUGAGCUGCUCCCGCAGCCUCCGUAUCUCGCACUCCGCCCGCUCAACGUUGUCCAUGUUCUGCCGCUGGUACUCCUCCAGCUUGGCCUUCAGCCGCUCGUUGAUGCGCUCCAGACGCUCCUGAGCCGCUGCACGGUCAAGCAACUCAGCCUCCUACACAUAAAGAAUGGCACUUCAACCGAUCCAUGCAUUGCUCUCUUUCUGCCCUUUGUGUUUUAUUCUCUCUGACCAGCGCCUUGGCAGCCACAUCUCCCCUGGUCCAGCCCCCUCCCUGGCGCCAUUCCAGCGCAUUUCUCACUUGUCCAGUGGUAUCUCUGCGGACAGCGGGGCUGCGGGGCGGCAGCGAGGAGGGGGCCACAGGCGGGGAGUGUGGCUUGGGAGCCGGUCGUGUCUGGGGCAUGGGCGAGAGGCUGGCUGUGCCUCUGGUGUGUCUGCGGGCUGCUGGAGAUCUCCGGCGGGGCGAGAGGGUGGCGGUGCAGCGGAAUGCUACGUCACGCUGCUCAUGCGAUGGGGAUCCAUGCGCAGAUGACCUCUGCAUCUCCAAAG